UGGGGGUGUCUUUCGCUCUUACCGCACAGGAGUAGGGCGAGCGGGGCCUCGGAGCCCAGCCUGGAGGAGAGAGGCCGGUCGCACGAAGCGGGAGCUCUUCUCUGUACCUUCCCCUUCUCCCCUUCCUCCUUCCUCCUUCCUCCUGUACUCCUUUCUCUCUUCCCAGAAAUGACUUAAACUCUCACCUCAUCCUUUGUUUUGUCCCCGAGGGUAAGGAGAAAACAAGGCGCUUUUUUUUGUCGUAAAAAAGCCUUAUUCCUUUUUAGGGAGAUCUCAGCUGCCAUGCAAACUGGGCGCCCAGUAAUAGGUAUUGAGUAAUUGUAGAGACAAGCUUGAUAUAGAUUAAUGGACGUCGGAGAUUUUCAUUUCCUGAUUAUCGCACAGUUGUUUGGGAUCCAUUCAUUUAUCGAACCGUGUAUUGGACGACUCCCCUGUACCAAGCUUGGUUUUUGGCUCCGAGGACAUUGCCGUAAACAAAACAACAGAGAUCUGCCCUCACAGAGUUGACUUUCUAGUCGGGGGAGCAAAAUAUAUUCCGAGUACAUUUUAAAUGUAACGCUGACCAGGUUUGCUAAUGGAUAAGGAGUGAGAGAGAAAGAGUAAAGGAUGACUCCAGAGUUUUAUGUGAUAGAUGUACAUCAGUCCUAUUUCAAGUCAGAUCCUUAUAAAUAUACAUCAGGAUAGAGUUUGUGUGCCUUUAUGGCCCACUCCCCCCAUCUGAUUUUCUGUAUCCGAGAAAAAUACUAGAAACUCACUGUGAGAGAAUGUGCUGACAAUUCCAGCAUUAAAUGUAUUAGAAAAGUACUCCUCGGAGGAAUAACGCAUUGUGAGUUUGAUUCCUUUGUUCGUUCAUUCUACAAAUAUUUAUUGAACAUGGUGCCUGAAACGUAGGAUGCAAUAGCGAGCAUCAAUGUCAUGGUUCCUGAUCUCAUGGAACUUAACAGUCUAGUGGGGGAAACGGACAUAAACAUUGCAAAGUGUGAAGAGAUUGUUGCAGGAAAAUAAAAGUGUAGUCAAAUCGGUGCUUGCACGGAGGAAUCCUGCUCCAGCCGGAUGGAGGAGUAAGGGAAGGUGUCACUUGCAGAAGUGUCAGUAAAGGCAUUUUCAAACUGCAGGUGGUCACCCAUUAGAUCAUCAUUAUAAUCCUUUUUUAAGGCCCAUGCAAUAGAAUGAAAAAUAGAAUGUAUCACAAAUUCUACGGCUGACUUCAUUUUUGUGAGAUUAUACAUGUACCUUGGAAGUUAACAAAGCUAACUUAAGAAGAAUGGAAGCAAACCAACUGGAAGCCUCAGAUCUUCCUUCAAAACCUUGGCAACCUGAGGAGAUGGUGUCAGUGACAGGCGAACCACCUAGUGUUGUAGUAGAAGAAACAGCUCAAGAAGCAGACAAAGAAGUCAUCCCAGAAAGCAUAGAGGCACUCUCCAUUCUAGAUGUACUGAGGAUCUCUGCUGUUCUGGAAGAUACCACAGACCAGCUCUCUAUUCUGAACUAUAUCAUGCCAGUUCAGUAUGAAAGAAGACAAAGUAGCAGCAUGCUGGCGAUUGGUGGAGAAAGCGGCAGCUGUCCCAGUGGAGGCAACGAUGGGGCGGUCCCCGGCAGUCGGGACCAGCUGGAACGUGUCACCCCCUGGCGCUGCGGUGAUCACUCACCUUCCCUGCGUGUUGCCCUGCACUGCUGUGGCCAGCGGGGAACCAUGGCCGUGCUCGUCAUGCUUCUGUCCUUGGUGGCGGGUGUUUUGGGGAACGAGUUUAGUGUAUUAAGAUCACCAGAGUAUGUUGUUUUCCGCAAUGGAAAUUGGUCUAUACCAGGAGAGCGAAUCCCAGACGUGGCUGCAUUAGCCAUGGGCUUCUCUGUGGAAGAAGAACUUUCUUGGCCUGGACUUGCUGUGGGUAACCUAUUCCAUCGUCCUCAGGCUACUGUUAUGGUGAUAGUGAAGGGAGUGGACAAACUCACUCUACCCCCAGGCAGUGUCAUUUCCUACCCUUUGGAGAAUGCAGUUCCUUUUAGUCUUGACAGUGUUGCAAAUUCCAUUCAUUCCUUAUUUUCUCAAGAAAGUCCUGUAGUUUUGCAGUUGGCUCCCAGUGAGGAAAGAGUGUAUAUGGUGGGGAAGGCCAACUCAAUUUUUGAAGAUCUUUCAGUAACGUUAGGACAGCUCCGCAAUCGCCUGUUUCAAGAAAACUCUGUUCUUAAUUCACUUCCCCUCAAUUCUCUGAGUAGUAACAGUGAAGUUGACCUGCUCUUUCUUUCUGAACUGCAAGUUCUGUGUGAUAUUUCAAGUUUGCUGUCUCGACAUAAGCAUCUAGCCAAGGAUCAUUCUCCUGAUUUAUAUUCACUGGAGCUGGCAGGUUUGGAUGAAAUUGGGAAACGUUACGGAGAAGAUUCUGAGCAAUUCAGAGAUGCUUCUAAGGUCCUUGUUGAUGCUUUGCAAAAGUUUGCAGAUGGCAUGUAUAGUCUUUAUGAUGGGAAUGCAGUGGUAGAGCUAGUGACUGUCAGAUCAUACGACACAUCACUUGUGAGGAAGACAAGGACUAUCCUUGAGACAAAACAAGAGAAGAACCCAUCAAGUCCCUAUAACCUUGCAUACAGAUAUAAUUUUGAGUAUGCAGUAGUUUUCAACAUGGUACUUUGGGUAAUGAUCUCCUUGGCCUUGGCUGUGAUUAUCACCUCUUACAAUAUUUGGAACAUGGAUCCUGGAUAUGAUAGCAUCAUUUAUAGGAUGACAAACCAGAAGAUUCGAGUGGAUUGAACUUCUGUUAUGCCAGAGAUACAAAAGUGGUUUGGAAAUUGGCUGUUUUGUGAAAAUAGUGUAAUUUAAAGUAGAUAGUAUACUUUAAAUUUGUUUUAAAAAGCAAAUUUUGUUCUCUAUUUUGUGUGUGCCUGUGAAGUUGUUUUAUAGUAAAGUAUAUUGACAUGAAUUGAUUUGUGUGAUAGAUUUCAUAAUAUGCUCAAAUAUUAUUAAUUAUAAUUGCAUUCCAUUUAGUGCUUGAAUUAAUGCACUGAAAUAAAUGUAAAACAUUUAGAAUAGUUUGUGUAAUUUAUGUUGAGAAAAAGCACUUGAGUUUAUUAGAGAAACUUUUUUCCCCCCAAUAUAUUUCUUUAUUGAUUUCAGAGAGGAAGGGAGAGGGAGAGACAGAGAAACAUCAAU